AUGCCCACCCUCCCAGCGCAAUGGACCCCCCUCGCCUCCACCUCAAAACUCCAACGCUCCUCCCACACCCUCACAACCCUCAACUCCACCCUCUACAUCUUCGGCGGCGAGCUCAAACCCCGCGAGCCGCGCGACAAUGAGCUGCAUAAAAUCUCCAUCCCCAACAACGACACCAACGCAGCAUCCGUCGAAUCCAUCAAAGCACCCACAACCAACGCACCGACUCCCCGCGUCGGCGCAGCGACGACGAAAAUCGGAAACACAAUGUACAUGUUCUCCGGCCGCGGCGGCGUCGCCAUGGCGCCCAUCGACGAGAAAGGCGCACUAUGGGCUCUCGAUUCGGAGACAGAUCGCUGGAGUCUAAUCUCGCCUUCUUCAGGCGCAGUACCCGAAGCGAGAAGCUACCACACCAUGACGUCCGACAACGACGAUACCCUCUACCUCCACGCGGGCUGUCCAGAGAAAGGCCGCCUCUCCGACCUGUGGAGUUUCAGCCUCUCGAAGAAGGAGUGGAAGCAGCUCCGCAGCGCGCCGGAUCCCCCGAGGGGUGGGACGUCGAUGGCGUAUGUCGAGGGGAAGGUAUAUCGGAUGAACGGGUUCGAUGGGACGAGGGAGCAAGGGGGGAGUUUGGACGUCUAUGACAUCGCGGGGGGUGAGUGGGAGACGAUCACGUAUCCUGCUGAUGGGGAGGGCGGGCCUGGCGCGAGGAGUGUGGCGGCUUUGGUGCCUGUGAGGGUUGGUGGUAGGGGGAUGUGUUUGGUGACGUUGUUUGGGGAGAGUGAUCCUAGUUCGUUGGGGCAUCAGGGGGCGGGGAAGAUGUUGAGGGAUGUUUGGGUGUAUGAGCUUGAGAAGGGGGUUUGGUCGCAGGUUCAGGCUAGUGGGGGGCAGCCUGAUGCGAGGGGGUGGUUUGAUGCGGAUGUUGUUACGGUUGGUGGGAAGGAUGGAAUUGCUGUUGGUGGUGGACUUGGAGAGUCGAAUGAGCGGUUGGGUGAUUUCUGGUUGUUGAACUUUUGA